AUGUUUGCUUUAGGUUGGGGGAAGAUGGAUCAGGCUAUUGACAGGUGGCAAUGGAGACUUGACCCUGACACAGGUUAUACGGUCGGGGGAGUUUAUCAGCUUCUGACGUCUCAGGAUUCAGUUACUGUGGAUGAUGCGGAUAAUCUUAUAUGGCACUCUCAGGUUCCCUUGAAGGUUUCCAUCUUUGCGUGGCUUUUAUUGCGGGACAGGUUGCCUACGAGAGCAAACCUGGUUACUCGUGGCGUUUUGUCUCCUAUGGUUGCCACUUGUGUUUUUGGAUGUGGAGCGGCUGAGUCGGCUCAUCAUUUAUUUCUAUCGUGUAGUAUUGCUGGAUCGCUCUGGGAUUUAGUUCGCGCAUGGAUUGGCAUUUCCUUGGUGGAUUCCACUUCUCUGCAUGAUCAUUUUGUUCAGUUUACGGCUUUAUCAGGAAAAGCAGCAUCUAUGUUUAACUUGAGAAAUCGCAUCAGUGGUUUUGACCAUGAAUAUGCGCCCUGGUUCGGUUCUGGUUAUGGUGCAACUGGUGUUUUGUAA